GCAACAAAUUUCCGUGACCGGCGAACUCGUCUGACGGAAUAGACUUCCACCACGGGUUGAAAAUCUCUUCGUCUCAGAGUCCAGAGUACGGCUUUCCCAUCCACUUGCACUACUCGCAGUCACACUAUCUACCAUUACUCUCACAUCCAGACAUCACUUGCACCGUUCUCAGAGUCAUUAUCAUCAUAUUCUUCUUCUUCAACACACUAUACCUAGCCACCUCCUUACUACACGAGAAGAAAUGGUCGGAAUCCUGCAGCUCGAAACACUCCCGUUGGGAGGCCCCAAAGCAACCCUCCGACCCAACCGGCCCGUACCCCUCAAAUCAACCAUUACAACACCACUACAAAUCCCUCCCGUCCCCAAGCCGAACCACGACCCUAAGGCCCGGAUAACCGCAUCCUUCGAAAAGACGACAGUCCGCGACAGCGACACCCCAAGCUGGCAGUGGGUUUCAACGACCGAGCAGGUAGCCGGCCUGGUUAGAUCCUUGGAGGGACUACCCAAUAACCCCCCGGCACUGUACAUCGAUCUCGAAGGAGUGAAUCUCGGACGGAACGGGACGGUUUCGAUCUUGCAGAUGUAUGUUCUGCCGCACGACAGGACGUACCUGAUCGACGUACACACACUUGGAAAGCGGGCGUUUGCACGAGAUGAGGUCGAGGAGAACGAUUCGCAGGGUGGGGAUUGUUAUCCUGGCCAGCCUCACCCAGAGCACACGACAACCCUAAAGGACAUCCUCGAGAGCGCUACAACCAAAAAAGUGAUCUUCGACGUCCGCCACGACUCUGACGCCCUCUACGCUCAUUUCGGAAUUAAGCUAGCCGGGAUCGAAGACUUACAGCUCAUGGAGCUCGCAACGCGCGGUGGUGAACGGACACACGUCAAGGGCCUCGCCCACUGCAUCCGGUGGAACAUCCCAUACACCGAGUGGGAAGAUGGACAGGCCAGUAUCGACAAGUGGCUCAAGACGAAGGAAAAGGGGCGGAAGCUGUUCGCUCCAGAGCAUGGUGGGAGCUUCGAGGUCUUUAAUCAGCGGCCGCUGUCUGAGGAUGUAUUGCAGUAUUGUGUCGAGGAUGUGAGGAUGUUGCCGAAGUUGUGGAGUGUGUAUGACGGGUGGUUGACGCCCCUUUGGAGGAAACUGGUUGAUGGAGAGGUGGACAAUCGGAUUCGGUCGUCGCAGUCGGCCAAGUUCAAGGGUGGGUGGCAUAUGACGCUGGCGCCGGUGGGAUGGGAUGAUGUGGAAUCUGAUGAGGAGCAUACAGACCCUGGUGUUGACGCCGACGGAUGGAGUGAGGAUUAUUUGGGAGGGGAAGAUGCUUGGGAUUACCAGAACUACUCGUCGGAUGAUGGCCAUCAGGAGUACAACGACCCUGGAGAUUUCGACAACUACGCACCGCUUGGUGGUUAUCAACUCCCCAACUCCCCUGCGGAUGCUCAGAUUUACUGGCCUGUCGAUGGUCAGGAGGACUACAAUGACACAUGGGAGUAUGAGAAUUACGCGCCGCUCGAUGGCUAUGAAGGAUGCGGGGAUUUUUCGGACACUGAAGGAUACUGGCCGGUCGAUGGUUACGGCGUCUACAUUGAUCCUUCGGGUCUACACAUUUACGCGCCGUUAAAUACUUAUCAGUCGGAGUUUAACGAUUCUUCGGAUUCGGAGAAUUUCUCAUCGGGCGAUGGCUAUGCAGGGUACGACGAUCCUUGGAAGGAGUACGAUUUCAGAAAGUAUCUGGUUGGAGGAACGAUGGCUUAG